UCUAAAACGAAUUUGGGUUCAACAAUAUUGCAGCUUGCCAAAACAGGCCCGGCCGCCCACGGGGACGAUAAAUUUCGCUCGGAGUGCGGAGGGGUGGUCACUUCCGGUUUCAGCCCAUCGGCCAGUGCAGCUAAAGGGAUAACCGGUGAUGAAGCCAUAUAGGGUUUCACAGAGGUGGUCUCUUUUCUCCCACCAUCUCUUCAAAGGCCACAGGGUUCAGUCCCAUUAUUUGCGCAUCGACAAUCUAGCCAGGAAACUCCAUUCGGCUCGGUCCUCCAUAGGUGGCGGUGGCAAUGGCAAUGGCGAAGGGAACUUUUUUCUGGUGCCGGGUGCUACGGUGGCAACUCUUCUUAUGCUUGGUUUUCUUCAUGCUCGCCGCCUCUACGAAGACAAGAAGGUUGAUGAUGUGAAGGAGAAAGGUAUUGAACUUGAGUUUUCACCCGAUGUAAAGGCUACUUUUCUGAGGCUGUUGCCAUUGCGAUCUAUCUCUCGCGUUUGGGGUUAUCUUGCAAGUUUGGACAUUCCGGUACGGCUUCGUCCUUCUAUCUAUAAAGCUUGGGCACGGGCAUUUCAUGCAGAUUUGGAGGAAGCUGCCUUACCACUUGAAGAGUACACUUCUCUGCAGGAUUUUUUCAUCCGGAGUCUUAAAAGCGGUUCACGCCCAAUUGAUCCAGAUUCAAACUGCCUGGUUAGUCCUGUGGAUGGCACAGUUUUGAGACAUGGAGAGCUUAGUGGACCGGGGGCAUUGAUUGAGCAAGUCAAAGGCUUUUCUUAUUCAGCUUAUUCUCUUCUCGGGGCAACUACAUUUCUUCAUGAGAUAGUUGAUAUGGAUGCACUGGAAGAACAUUCAGAACACAGCUCAGCUGAAGAACUGCACAAAAAAUCGUGGUGGCGGAUAUCAUUGGCCUCACCUAAAAUUCGGCAUCCAAUUUCAGCGCGCCCCAGGAAAGGUGUAUAUUACUGCGUUUUAUAUUUAAGCCUUGGUGACUAUCAUCGAGUGCACUCUCCUGUUGAUUGGCAAGUGCUUCUUCGUCGUCAUUUCUCAGGUCGUCUAUUCCCUUUGAAUAAACGGGCAACUCGAACAAUUAGAAACCUUCACAUUGAAAAUGAGAGGGUGAUUCUUGAGGGUCGAUGGAGAGAAGGAUUUAUGGCAAUGGCAGCAAUUGGUGCAACCAAUAUUGGUUCCAUCAAACUUUACAUAGAGCCGGAACUGAAGACUAACAGGCCCAAGCGACAAAUACUGCAUACAGAACCUCCGGAUGAGAAAAUAUAUGAACCUGAAGGAGUUGGAUUGAUGAUUAAGAAGGGUGAAGAGGUGGCAGCAUUCAACAUGGGUUCAACCGUGGUUCUGGUGUUUCAAGCACCCGUUUCAGAUUUCCACUUCUGUAUUCGUAGUGGUGAUAGGAUUAAAGCUGGAGAAGCCAUUGGUAGAUGGACUGGAUCUUAGUCUCAUUAUUCUGGAUUGUGAGGUAAUUUUUUUUGUUUUGACGCUCUCCUUACUCUCAAGACGCAUAAGACAUGGAAUUCUGUAAAAACUGCGUCUAAAAUAUUCAAAUAUAACCACAUCGGCUGCACUUUCAGCGAUUCGUAACGGAAUCUAUUUAUUUAUGAUAUUUUCUCAGGCUGUUUUUGUUAA